AUGGCUAGUGAGCGCCAAGACAUUCCUGCGUGCAUGAUCGGCUCCGCGUGUCGAUUUACUGGAAAUGCUAGCUCUCCUUCCAAGCUUUGGACGUUGCUACGAGAUCCAAAACCUGCGGCAAGCAAAGUUCCAGCUCUUGAAGGGUACUAUCAUGAGUCGGCAUUGUAUCACGGCCAUGCGAAUGUGAAAGAGGCUUAUCUCUUAGCUGAAGAUGCAGCGCACCGAAAAUUUGAUGCCGCCUUCUUUGGCAUCAAACCCUCUGAGGCAAAUGUAAUGGACCCGCAGAUGCGUUUGCUUCUUGAGACAGUAUACGAAGCGCUGGAGGAUAGCGGACAAACUAUUCACGAACUCCGAGGCUCGGACACCGCCGUAUAUGUCGGGCAGAUGGUAAAUGAUUACGAGCUAAUCAUGUACCGAGAUCAUGAGAACCUGGGCAGAUAUCACGCUACCGGCACGUCGCGGGCGAUGCUCUCAAAUCGAGUGUCUUAUUUCUUCGAUUGGCACGGCCCAUCAAUGACCAUUGAUACGGCAUGCAGCUCGAGCCUGGUUGCUCUGCAUCAUGCGGUUCAGCAAUUGCAAGCAGGUCAUUCCCGCGUGGCUGUCAUUGCAGGAUCCAAUCUUAUAUAUGAUGCGGGCACGUUCAUUGCCGAGACCAAUCUGCAAAUGCUGUCACCCAAAGGCCAAUCGCGUAUGUGGGACGCAAGUGCUGAUGGCUACGCGCGCGGGGAAGGAGUUGCUGCUAUUGUGCUCAAGAUGCGCGACACCGCCGAGGCCGAUGGAGACAAUAUCGAGUGCAUUAUCCGUGGGACGGCUAUUAACCAAGAUGGCCGGACACCUGGGCAGACAAUGCCAAGUGCAACUGCGCAGACACAACUCAUGCGAGACUGCUAUGCCCGUGCUGGGCUGGACCUGAGAAAUGCAGCAGAGCGUCCUCAGUAUUUUGAAUGCCAUGGAACAGGGACUCCGGCCGGCGACCCGAUUGAGGCGGAAGCUAUCAGUACCACCUUCUUCCCAAAUAAGGAAAGCGUCCACGAGCCUCUGUGUGUCGGCAGUAUUAAGACCGUUGUCGGCCAUACGGAAGGAACAGCAGGCAUUGCUGGACUGCUCAAGGCAUCACUUGCCCUGCAAAAUGAACAAAUCCCCCCUAAUCUCCUCUUCGAAACUCUGAAUUCCCGCAUCGAGCCCUUUUACGGUAGCUUACACGUGCCAACUGUGCUGACGCAAUGGCCGUCCAUUGCUAGUGGCUGCCCUCGCCGAGCAAGUGUCAAUAGCUUUGGCUUCGGGGGCACCAAUGCUCAUGCAAUUCUCGAAAGCUACAUCCGUCCAGCAAAACUUCAAUUGGGCCAGCAUAACCCAUUUGCAUCAACCGUAUAUAUUCCUUUUGUUUUUUCAGCGUUCUCAGAAACUUCUUUAAAAUCAUAUCUCGUUCUGUUUAUGGAUUAUUUACGCCAAAAAAAGACCACACAUGAGCUCAGAGACAUUGCCUACUCAUUGGAUGCUCGGCGGACGCGUUUUCAGGUCAGCUCAACUAUCAGCGCAUCCACUGCUGAUGAGCUAUGUGCAAAUAUCGAAAAGAAGCUCGAAUUGUCACGCGAUGACUCCGACUAUCGCGUUGGAGUGAGAGAUAUGCACCAAGCAGCAGAGCAUAGAAAGCCUCGGGUGCUGGGGGUAUUUACAGGACAGGGAGCGCAAUGGGCCCAAAUGGGACGGGAGCUGAUAACUACCUCCGCUGUUGCAAGAUCCAUUCUUGGGGGCCUUCAAAAACGACUUGAUCAGCUUCCCGAUACUGAUCGCCCCACCUGGUCACUCGUUCAAGAACUUGAAAAAGACGCAUCCUGCUCGCGUGUAAUGGAGGCGACCUUUGCACAGCCUCUAUGCACAGCGAUUCAGAUCCUUCAAGUAGAUCUGCUACGCGCUGCAGGUAUUCAAUUUAACGCUGCUGUUGGUCAUUCUUCUGGUGAGAUUGCGGCUGCCUAUGCGGCGAGUUUGAUUUCAGCAGAGGAUGCUAUCUGCAUAGCUUAUUACCGUGGUCUACAUUCAUCGUUGGAAAAGGAGAUUGACCAAAAGCCUGGAGCCAUGAUGGCGGUAGCGACAUCUGCUGAGGAUGCCGCGGAGCUCUUAAAGUUUUCCGAAUUUGAGGGCCGGGCUUGUGUUGCGGCAAUUAAUUCAGCAACGAGUGUAACAAUUUCCGGAGACCAAGAUGCCCUCGAAGAAAUGAAGGUUAUUUUCGAAGACGAGGGUAGACAAGUUAAAUUUCUCAAAGUUAACAAAGCCUACCAUUCUCAUCAUAUGAUUGAAUGUUCUGUCAAAUAUCUUGAAUCUCUUGGAGCUUUGAACAUACAGGUGGGUCCUGGCAGCCAAACAACUUGGUUCUCCAGUGUUUAUGAAUCGGGAUUGAAAGACUUCAGCUUGUUGGAGGGACCAUAUUGGGUUGAUAACAUGGUCAAGCCAGUACUUUUUAUGCAGGCUGUUGAGGGCGCUUGUGUCGCCAUAGGGGAUUUCGACUUAAGCAUCGAACUAGGUCCACAUCCAGCUCUCAAGGGACCAGCUCUCCAGACCAUAGGAGAAAAACUUUCACAAAUAAUUCCAUACACUGGUCUUUUCAAACGCGGAGUCUCUGCAAUUACCUCUCUCUCAGAAGGCCUUGGAUGCUCCUGGACUCACCUUGGCCAGGGGGCAGUCAAUCUACAAAACUAUGAUAAGUUUAUAUCCAACAAUUUGAGUUCUAAAUUGAUCAAAGGACUUCCCGGGUAUGCAUGGAAUCAUGAAAGUGAAUACUGGCAUGAGACGAGAUAUGCCAGAGCAAUGCGCAUGCGACCCGAUCCAGUACACGAUCUGUUGGGUCAUUUAACUCCAAACAGCACCGAUCAAGAUAUGCAAUGGCGUCACUUUUUGCGUCUAUCUGAGCUUAAGUGGCUGGAUGGGCACAAGCUACAGAACCUUGUGGUCUUUCCAGCUGCCGGUUACAUUGUCAGUGUGGUAGAAGCAGCCAUGCUACUGUGCAAAAAUGCUUCCGUCACUUUGAUUGAAAUUCUCGAUGUCGACAUUGGCUCAGCCUUAGUUUUUGAAAACGACGAUAUCAGCAUCGAGGUAAUACUGUCCCUUACAGACAUCUCCAGACGAGAAAACAAGGCAAUAGAAACAAACUUCAAGUAUCACGCCACCUCAGGAAAAGACAACGACUCGCUUAAACUCAAAGCCAGUGGCCGGAUGCGAAUUCACUUGGGCGAAGCCUCUCGUACGGCUCUUCCUCCUCGUCCUAAAAGGCAACCAAACUUAAUUCCAGUCAGUGAGGAGAGUUUUUACGAAUCCACUUUGGAAUUUGGGUACCAAUAUAGUGGUCCAUUUGCCUCGCUAGAAAAUAUCAAAAGGAAACUCGGCGCCGCAACAGGUUCCAUCUCCAUGACAGAAUUGUCUAGUUGUCUCAUUCACCCUGGAGCACUAGAUGCUGCCUUUCAAUCCACUUUUUUGACUUACGCAGCCCCUGAGGAUGGUUCUUCCAAGUCGAUGUAUAUUCCGAGAAGGAUUCAACGACUUGCCUUCAAUCCAGAUCUCUGUACGCACGCUAAAAAUGACCGAACAGCGCUGGACUUUCAUUCAACCCAGCCUAUCGGAUUUCCACAUGUCAACAUGCUAUGCGAUAUUGAUAUUUUCCCUGGCAAUCUAGGCAAUGCGAUGAUUUGCGUACAAGGAUUGGAAUGCGUCCCAUUUCCCAGGCUGACGGCUAGGGAUGAUAGAGAGGCUUUUUCUAAUGUUGUUUGGGAUGUUCUUGAACCCGACGUUCAAGCUCUAACGUGGAGCCACUCGCAAAGUUCUGAACCAUUGGAGCUACCUAGUCUGCUCGAGAGGGUUGCGGGCUCUUAUCUGCGAAAAUUUGAAAAAGAAGUACCAGAAAAUCACCCAUCAAGACAUGAGGGCCCGUAUAGGGGUUUAUUACAAUACUCCUCUACAGUGUCGCAGACCGCGCAGGUAGAUUGCGAAUAUGAUACACCGGAAACCCUGGCUGCAAUGUGCGAGCCAUAUGUCGAUAGCGUGGACAUGAAGCUGGUCCUAGAAUGCGGAAAGAAUCUGAAAGAUAUCGUUCUGGGUGAAAUGCCUACCAACCCCGUGUCCGCUUUGAUGAAAGAGUGGUAUAAGAAUGGCUCUGGUUUACAACCCUUCUUCAGUUGUUUGGCUCAAAUAAUGAAGCAAAUCGUGCACAGAUACCCUCAGAUGCACAUACUUGAGGUUGGGCCCGAGGUGGGAACGGCUACAGACAUCAUUUUAGCAGAAAUCGGUCCAAAAUUCGCAUCUUACACUAUCACUGCCUCGACAGACGUUUUACUCGGUCCUCAAAAAGCCUUUCCCGACUCAUACAAGGAAAAGGUCUCAACUAAAUUGUUGGACCUUUCAAAGAAUCCACGGGAACAAGGCUUCGCUGAACGGUCAUUUGAUGUGAUCGUGGCGUCUCUUAUUUUACAUCAAAGUCCAGAUUUCGAGAAAGCCUUGAAGAACGCACGACGUCUACUUAAGCCAGGUGGCUAUAUAGUUGUACUCGAGUUGCGGCCUUCUCUUCCUGACUUCCUCCGUGUUGUCUUCAGUGCCUCCUCUCACCAGUCGUUGAACGCUGAGGAAGGUAGAGCCUCGUCUCCGGCUAUUACACUGCUGGAAUGGGAUACUUUGCUACACAAAGCAGGUUUUUCGGGGGUUGAUACCAAUACUGUGGAAAACAUUGACACUGACGUGCCGUUUUGUGUCUUUGCAUCACAAGCCACGGACGACAAAAUUGCUUUCCUUCGCGAUCCCCUUUUAACCCAAUUACCUGCUUCAUCAGCUGAGACAGCUUUACGCUCGUUCGAUCUUGUCGGUGUUGAGCUUCCACCGCAAGCAGUGAUUUUAAGCCUGGUCGAUUUAGACACAAGCGUUUUCAAGGAGCUCGACGAGACCAAAUGGGGGACCUUGAAGAAAAUAGCUUCCCAUACUGGGACCCUAGUGUGGGUCACGCGGGGCCGCCUUGCGGAUAAUCCACAUGCCAAUAUGGUGUUGGGUAUAGUUCGCAGCGCUAUUCGCGAAAAUCCAACUCUGGAUUCCUUGUUAUUGGAAAUUGAAGACUCUCAAAGGGUUCAGCACACCGUUAUUGCGGAAGCAAUUUUACGCCACAAGGUUUCAUCUCAGUGGCGAGAACUUGAAGACGCCAACUUCACCGUUGAAAACGAGUUGGUCCUUGACAGAAAAGGCCGACUUCUGAUCCCUCGACUCAUGAUGAAUGAUGAGAUGAACGACCGUUAUAACUCUAAUUUGAGAGAGAUCCGUCGAUCGGCUCAUUCCGGUACUGAUAAUAUCGGUAUAUCGAUGUCUAAGUCUGGUUGGGAUGUCGCUUUAGAACCUUGCGUGUCCCGACAGCUGCGGAUCACGCACUCAUUGCUCUCGCCAAUCAGACUUGCUAAUUCGGGCUGUGUGUAUCUGGGACUCGGUAUUGACACUGUCUCUGGUGAGAAGAAAAUGGCAUUAUCAUCCGAGAACGUUUCUUUUCCUUGUCCGCUACCGGAACUGUCAAUCUCUGUCAAUAUUUCACCAGGCUCAGAGGCUCGCUUUUUGUGGCUGACAGCCCAUUACUUGAUUGCAUCCACCAUUCUGAAAGGACUCUCCCAAGGUGAUAAAGUGUUGAUUCAUGAACCCAGUCUGGAAUUGUCGAAGGCCGUAACCGACAAGGCGGCAUUCCUUGGUGUUAAGGUUAUCUGUAUAACCACGAACAAUGAAGCUCCAUCGAAUUGGGUCACCCUCCACCCGUUUGCUUCACAGAGGACUGUAUCUCGCAUUGCAGAUGAAGAUUGUUCAGUAUUCGUCGAUAUGGUACCCCAUGGAGAAAGCAAGUUUGUUAGAGAUCUCAUCAUGGCAACUCUUCCAGCUUACUGUAGGAAGGAAAAUCUAGGAUCACUGUUUGGACCGCACUCUUGGAUCCCGUCGAGUCCACAAGUUGAGGAAAUACACAAAAGUCUUUUCAAAGCUGUCUCAUGGGCUUCUGACAUGCUUGAUACGUGUCAGUCCGAGCACAUGGCCACCGUCGCAAUCGAUGUUGUUCAUGAGACUGGCAAUCAACGAGAGCCAUUUACCAUCAUAAGAUGGGACAUAGCCUCUGAGGUCCCAGUUAAAAUUCAGCCUGUCGACAGAUUGGUGUUACUCUCCAACAAGAAGACUUAUUGGCUUGUCGGGCUCGCUGGGGGGCUUGGUUUAUCUCUGUGUGAGUGGAUGGUACAGCGAGGCGCACGACAUUUUGUUAUCUCCAGUCGCAACCCCAAUGUUGAAAGAGCAUGGUUAGACGACAUGCACACAAAAGGAGUCCAAGUGAAAGUCUCACCCUGUGAUCUCACGCAAAAGGACCAAGUAGAGGGAGUCUACGCUGAUAUAAGCUCCAGUAUGCCAGUCAUUGGUGGAGUCUGUCAGGGUGCCAUGAUUUUGGAGGAUACAGCUAUUCGGAACAUGACGCUAGAUCAAUUCUUACGAGCCACGAAGCCAAAGGUUGACGGCAGCUUAUUCUUGAACGAUAUUUUCCAAGAGAACACACUGGAUUUCUUUAUACUCUUCUCAUCUGUGUCAUCUGUUAUUGGGAACCCUGGGCAAGCAAACUAUUCAGCAGCCAAUACAUUCAUGUCCAGCAUUGCCGAACAGCGUAGGCAACGUGGUCUUGCUGGAUCAAUCAUCGACCUCGGCUUUGUUGUGGGAGUGGGCCACGCGACCCAGACCAAUCGUGACAACGGCGUGGGGAGAUUGACACUUCGAACAGGAGGUUACAUCCCUACAUCUGAGAGAGACUUACAUCAGCUCUUUGGAGAAGCUGUGCUUGCAGGGAAGCCGGGGUCCAGUGGCCCUAUCGAGCUUGUCUCAGGGCUGCAAAAGAUUAGUCGACGGGCAGAAGAACGGCCAGUUUGGGAAGCAUGGCCACGUAUGAGCCACUUUAUCGAGGAUCCUGAAGAAGAUAAAAGCAUGUCAAGCUCUGGUGUCGACGCUAAUAUCCCAAUCAAGACACGACUUACGGAAGCCCGAAACCGCGGGGAGGUCUUGAAAAUUGUUUGGGAUGCGUUUGUUCGCAAGCUCCAAUCCGUGUUCCAAAUAGACACCACCGGCUCUACCAAUGCUGAGCUGGGCGCUAUGCAGUUGGACCAAAUGGGAAUUGACUCUCUGACCGCUAUAGAAAUUAGCAGCUGGCUCAUGAAAACCUGCGCAGUCAACAUCCCCGUUCUCGAAAUCCUCAAUGGCAGCUCUGUUGAUGGACUAGUCGAUACAGCAACGGACAUGAUUCCAUCACAUCUUACUCCAAAGAUAGAGCGAUGUUCUGCCGCGGAACCCAACUCCGAAAGACCUACCCCUAGCGAGGAUGUUUCUAGUAGUUCCGACGGGGCCACUAAUAGUCCUUUUGAAUCUGCUCAAAUGGACCCCUCCGACGCGGGGUCCUCAUCGGAUCAGGAAUGCGUGACUACCACACACUCUAAACCAAAGAUUCUGAAGUCGGUCCCGGUUUCGUUCACGCAAGCGAGAUUUUACCCUGCUGGUCUUUCCUUGAAAGACAAAGUGGGGUUCAACCAUAUUGCAUGGGCUCGUGUUGUCGGGGAAAUAAAUCCAAAUAGGCUGCAACGGGCCUUAUAUUCUCUCACACAGCAGCACGAGAUAUUGAGAACUGCAUUCUUUGACCAAGGCCAAAAACAGAUGCAGCACAUAAUGGAUACUAGCCCUAUCUGUUUGGAGUAUAAAAAGAUUCAGGACGAUAAUGAGGCGAGCGAAAUGGCAGAUUUCAUUCAAAAGACACACGUAUAUGACAUAGCAAGAGGCGAAACAAUGAGAAUGAUACUACUGUCUCGAUCAGCGACAGUGAACUUUCUCAUCAUGGGGCUACAUCCUCUGAUCCUUGAUGCAACGUCCAUUCAAGCAUAUUUGAGAUGGCUUUCGUUUCACUACACCUCUCACGACACAGUGCCUCGGGUGAAGCAGUUUGCGGAGUCUUCAGAGCAAAGACACGCGGACUACAUCUUAGGUAAAUUUGAGCCUGAGCUGAAGUUCUGGCGCAACGAGUUUAAAACUCCAAUAGAGGUGUUGCCCCUAUUGUCGUUAUCUAUAGUAAAGGAGCGGCCAGAAUUGACAGCACUCCGGAAUACCCGGUCCUCUCUAACAAUAGACGUCGAAACCAAACAGCGUAUUUUCGAAAUAUGUCGUCACCUGCGGGCCACGCCAUUUCAUUUCUACCUAGCAGCUCUUCGAGUUUUGUUACUUCGGUACACCGCCCAUAGUGACAAAAACGAGGAUGUGACGAUUGCUGUUGCAGAAAACGGAAGAAGCUACAAUACUGAGGAGAUGGAUGUUCUUGGACCCCUUUAUAACAUCGUGCUCGUGCGCCUUCUUGCCCAACAAUCCACAAGAUUUGAGACCUUAUUGGAAGCUACAAGAGAUAAAACAUAUGCGGCACUAGCAAACUCCAAGCUACCCUACCCAGUGCUUGUGAAAGAGCUCGGUUCUCAGCACGUCACGGAGGACUACCCUUUCGUUCAUGUUUUCGCCGACUACCGCACGGGGCAGAGCACUUCGAUGAAAUUCGGUGAGAAUAAUGAGCUAAUCAUGAUGGACUAUGACUUCAAUGUCCCUUACGACGUUUCCCUUGACACGAUUGACAAUCCGGGGGGUGAAUGCAUCCACUACUUCCUCUUGCGAAGUGAUCUUUUUGGAAGAGAUGAAGCAGAUAGGCUUGCUAGAAGCUAUAAAAGCUUGAUUCUUGCUUUUGCACAGCUGCCAGCGAUGACUCUUGGUCAAGCGGAUAUGUCUGAUCUCUCCUAA